AGCCGAUAUUUACGUAAUCACGAUGUAUGUAAUUCACGGCGCCUGGCGGACGAGUUUGGUGAUUACGCACAUUUGAGAAUGCAACAUCUCCGGAGCAUGCGCUGUGGGGAUUAGGUCUGAGUGGAAUUCGCCUUGUUCCGUGUAAAACAAAUAAUUAUAAGAAAACGGUGGACGGGCAUGCAGAGAGGGGACGGCAUGAGUGUGGAUUGAAAUAGAAAAUAGAGUAAUUUGAUUCGGACGUCAUGGAGGGAUUCUGACUCGAAGAGCUUUCUCAAGAAGGAACAAACUAGCGGCGUUCAGCUGACACCAGGAGGAGAACCCAGUAAGUACAUUUGUUCUUCAAGAGGGUGACCCCCCCCCCCCCCUAUCCUGUAGGUGUUAUGCAAGUUUGAGAGAGAGAGAGCUGUGUAGAAAAUGGAGUCAAGGAAAGACGCAGCCCGACCCAGAAGGCAGCAGGAGGCGCUGUUGGACUCGGCAUAUUCCUGCUGUGCUGAUGGUGAAGACAUGCGGGGCCGAGGAAAUCCCAUGCGAGGAAGAACCAAAUCACGAAGCCUGUCUGCUUCUCCGGCGCUGGGCAACUCCGAGGACGUGAGGACGCGAUCACUACAUGGACCAAGCCCUGUGACCAAGUUUGGACCAAAAGCCUGCAUGCUGCAGAACCCGAAGGCAAUAAUGCACAUUCAGGAUCCAGCUAGCCAGCAGUUAACAUGGAACAAGCCUCCUAAAAGUGUCCUUGUAAUUAAAAAGAUCAGAGAUGCCAGUCUGUUGCAGCCCUUUAAGGAGCUGUGUAUAUUCCUUACAGAGUCAAAGAACAUGAUCGUCUACGUGGAAAGGAAAGUACUGGAGGAUCCGGAAAUUGCAAACGAUGAGAGCUUCGGUGUGGUGAUAAAGAAAUUCUGCACCUUUAGGGAAGACUACGACGACAUUUCUGACCGAGUAGAUUUCAUUAUUUGUCUGGGAGGGGACGGGACCUUACUCUAUGCUUCCUCAUUGUUCCAGGAAAGUGUUCCUCCGGUCAUGGCCUUCCAUCUGGGCUCUCUCGGGUUUCUCACACCCUUCAAUUUCGACACCUAUCAGUCUCAGGUUACUCAGAUUAUCGAAGGCAACGCUGCGAUUAUUCUUCGAAGCAGACUAAAAGUAAAGGUAGUGAAAGAACCUAGAGAGAAGAAGAAAGCGGUUCAAGACAGAGGGGAGGAAAAAGGACUGAUCGUAAAAAAUGGGGAGAGCGAGAUAAGCAGACGCACUGUGCAGUACCAGGUUCUGAAUGAAGUUGUCGUGGACCGGGGUCCCUCUUCAUAUCUUUCCAAUGUAGAUCUGUUUCUUGAUGGGCACCUCAUUACCACAGUGCAGGGAGAUGGAGUCAUUGUCUCCACCCCAACCGGAAGCACUGCCUAUGCCGUGGCGGCAGGGGCUUCCAUGAUUCAUCCCAACGUUCCUGCCAUCCUGAUCACACCAAUCUGCCCGCACUCCCUGUCAUUCCGACCCAUCGUCGUUCCUGCAGGGGUGGAGCUCAAGAUCAUGCUGUGCCCUGAUGCUCGAAACACUGCCUGGGUUUCCUUUGAUGGGAGGAAACGUCAGGAGAUCUGCCACGGAGACAGUAUUACCAUCACUACCUCCUGCUACCCGGUUCCUUCAAUCUGUUUCCGGGACCCUGUGAAUGACUGGUUUGAGAGCCUGGCUGAGUGUUUGCACUGGAACGUGAGGAAGAAACAGAACCACUUCAUUGCGGAGGAAGAGGAGUACUGAGAACGACGAGCUCGGCAUCGUUACACAUGCGGGUGUCUUUGUGCAGGACUUGAAAUUUGAACUGAGUUUGUUAGAACACCACAUGUCAUUCAACACAUGUUGAAACUUCUCUGUUCAUAGAAUAUUUUGUUCCCCAAAGUAUUUAUUUUAAAUGUAACUGAAUAGCCCACUGUUCAAAUUGUUAAAUUUCAUGUCUGAAAGAAAAGAUACUGUAUGUUUUAUUCAGAAUUGCUAAAGACUGAAAACACAUUCCCUGCAAUAAGAGUUAGUGCCUUAGACAUCUAUUAACCAGUAUACUUCCAGGAGGAGCCGUACUGCAUUAUCCGCAGUUUACCACUGUGGUUUGAAGGAUAUUAUGCACGUUGCAAAAUCAUGUUUGUAAAUUAUUUUAUAAUUGUACAAUAAUGCGGUAGGUUAGAAGGAAACGAAUAUAAAAAGUUACGUGAAUAUUGAAAAUAUAUGAAUGCCAAAGUUACAAUUCAUCUUAAAAUUCUGGCAUGUCUUCCAUUCUCUCAUCUGCUAAAAGACUUUAAUACAUGAAUGCAGUUUCCUGAAUUUGUUACAUGCUAAUUGGUGGGGGGGGGGGAAUUCGAGCAUUGAAGUUAAUAAACCCCGCCCUCAAACCACCAAUCUGAUCAAGUGACUGAACGAAAACAGUUUUUCAAUUGCUCAAGCUGUUUGAAUAGGCUUUUAAUUCAAUAGAAGUACUUUUUAAAAAAUUAUAUUUAAUAAAGGAUGGUAGGUAGAAACGUUAUUGCAAGAUUGUUUUGGGACCAUUAAUUGAAUGCAUAUCUUGCUCGGAGGUGUAAGGUGUAUGACUGAAUUCCGAAUAUUACUAUCAAAGAUUUUCCGAUUACACCAAUGCAAAAGCGAGGGAGGGUUCUAUUUAUUAAUUAACAUGUAACCUUGUUUUUUUGUUUACCCGUGUGUUUAGUGUGUAGCUUUUUAUGAUUGCAGUUUACAGAGAUGUUACACAGCAGUUGUUGCUAUGUAGCUAUAUAUACCCUAUGAUUUUAAGUGCUUUCUUAUUUCUAGCUUUCAUUUUUGCUGUAAAACAAAAUAAGUGUCUCUUAGUUUUAUUGCAGGUCCAUUCGGGUUUCAGUACUUCUUAACAGCUUAUUUUAUGAUACGGUAUUUCAAGUUAUUCACGAAUGGAAUUAAUAGGAUGGGUCUGUUUUGAACUGGUGCUUACUAUAUAUUUCUUUUAUUUCUUUAUUUUCUCUAACCUUAAGUGAAAGUUUAUAUAUAUAUAUAUAUAUAUAUAUAUAUAUAUAUAUAUAUAUAUAUAUAUAUAUAAACUUUAUAUAUAUAUAGCUGUAUUGAAUGGAAGAUUUUUUGUUUCUUGUGACCAGACAUGAAAAACAAAUCAAAGUAUGAGUAGGGCUGUAUUGUUAGUCAUAUUAAACUGAUAGAGAACGGAGUUUCUCUGCUCUGUCUUUGCUUAACAUUGCCUGAAAGUGGUCUCCUGUCUUUUUGCUCACUAUUGUUGAAAUUCCAUUUCCAGGCUGUGUACAGUAUCUGAACCACUCUUGUUAAAAAGGACCAUAGCAACCCAGAAAUGAUUGUAAAGCCCAUGGUGAUGAAAGUGUAGUGUACAGACGUUUCUUCAGAAAUCUGUUGGUGUGUAUUAUUAAAAUGAGAUGAUUUCGCUAUCUCUAUAUAUAUAAAGAUUCCUUUGCAUUUUGUGCAUUUGAAGUACAGUAAUCCGUCGCGUUCUUCCCCCAUCACAUAUCCACCCUCACCGUGUAUCCACCAUGAUCAAGCUCUUCAGCAACGUGGAUUUAUUAUUGAACAGAGAAGAUUAGUUCAGAGAUUGUAGAUCCUGCCAAAGUUUUCAUACACUGUGUUGUAUGUGCUCGGUGCGCUGCCAUUGCUGGUAGUGUCACGUGAGCUGCUCAGUGUGUUGAUAUGUAAAUAACUCCUGUUCGCCUGCGGGGAGUGUAUCAACUUCAACCUCCGUCUCGAUCUCCUGCCUGUCACUCAGCAGUGAAUGCACGCACCCACACGGCAGACGCCUACUCUGGCAUUAAUACCCUGUAUCUUUCUAAACAAGGGAUUUAGGUGAGCUCCCUAAUAAAAGCUUAAUCUCACAAUUGUGUGAAUAUAGUCAUUGUUACAGCUGUGUAUAAUGGGAUUUAAAACCGGAUUCAUUCAUCCGACUUUUUCCAUAUCCGCCCUUACUCUGGUCCCACCGCAGUGGGAUACGUGACGGAUUACUGUAUUGCUUUUUUUUUUUUUUGUCAA